CUGAAACUUAAAAUGGAUGAUGACGAUCUCAGUGGAAGCAGUCUAUGGACGGAGGACGUCACUUUUAUUUCGAAUGCAACAACUCUUCUAGUCAUUUCGUCCUCUCCUGCAUCACUGACGUCUUCAUCUCCUACCCCACAAGAGGUGUCAUCCACGAAUGAUAUCAUUCGCUACAUUCAGUUCUCGUCCCUCAUCUUAGUAACUGCUAUGGGCUUCAUAAGCAAUGUCCUGGUGCUUUUAUUGUUCUAUAAGAGGCCAACGUUAAGGAGCUUUUCCAAUAGAUUCGUCUUGAAUCUGUCCAUUUCGCAUUUCUGGUACUGCGUCUUAGUACUGCCAAUUAUAGUGAUUUCAACAGUCACAGAUAAAUGGUUAUUCGGUGAUACAGUCUGCAUCAUCAGUGGGUUUCUGUUUACCACACUGAACAUUACUUCUGUUCUCUCGCUAUUACUGAUUGCUGUAGACAGAAACUGUGCUGUCAACAGUCCACUACAUUAUUCUAUGACCAUUACAAAACAGCGUACGGGUAUUUUAAUUUUCAGUACAUGGCUUUUAGGUGUAAUUGUGGCAUCUCCACCUUUCUUUGGAAUAACAGAUAUAAAAUAUAGGCCGAACUGGCACAUGUGUACGUUGCACUGGAAAACAAAUGAAAUAUAUAGCGUGACCUAUGGAAGCGUACUUGUUGUAGUGGGAUUCAUGGUGCCAUUCCUUACCACUAUAUGUGUCUAUUCUUCUAUGUUCCAAGCUGCCAGAGAUAACUCUGAAAGAGCUCGGAAGCACAGCGUCAACAGCACCAUUGUGGAAACUAAUAUCCCAGAUUCACAAGCAAAAAUGGCAACUAUUACGCAAAAAAGGAAAUGUAGAAGAUGGAGUUCCGGUUCAAAUCAGUUUUUUGGAGAAGAAUGGAAAGCUGUAAGAACUGGACUUCUUGUUGUAAUGACAUUCACAUUGUGUUGGUUACCAUAUUUCACUGUAACCUCGAUGGAAGCUUAUUUCGACGUGGAUAAUGUUUUGCCAAACUACGUUUUAUUCUUUGCAGUACUUUGUGCAUCCAGUGCAAGUGUUAUCAAUCCCUACCUGUAUGUGUUUCGAAACAAGACUUCAAGAAAGCAUGUUAAGCAAAUUAUUUCCUAUUCUAAUCUGUCAAAGAACAAAAGGUGGAUUUUUCAUCGGGAGAGCAAAGACAAAAGCAACCAAACAUCAGUUAAUCCUUGCAUAUUAGCAGCUAGUCUAGUUAACGAGAGUUCUGAAAAGGUUAAAGCUUUACCAGCCCUUUAUCAAGAUAUCGAUGGCCACUGGCAAGUCUUCAGCACUUCUGAAGAACGAAGCAGAGAAGAAUUAGACGAAACAGUUUCGAACAUAUCUGAUGAGGAUUUUUUCGACAGUGGAAUGCAGAACAUCUCAAUACAGCCUUGCCGAAAGAAAAAUUAUCAAAGUAACAGCAUAAAUGUUCAAGCCAUUUACAAUAAUUCUUACAAUCGGCCUUCGUUUUUGAAAAAUAUGUCUCAGUUUGCCCAGCCGAACUCUACAAAUCGUUUGCUAUUGUUCCGGUUAAAGCCAAGUUUGAAUAGAGAUUCUACAAGUAGCGACACAACUGAUAAUUGUAGCAUGUCUCUAGAAAGCAAUAACAGCAAUGAACACCAGUUAGAUCCAGAUUUCUUUAUCCCAUCAAGGCGUGGUAUUGGCAAAUAUCUUUUUAACACCUCGGAAGAGCUGUGGGAAUCUAAGCCAGCGGUGACAUACCACAAGCGGAUAAGUUCUGUAGCAGAAGAAUCCACUUCUUCAAGUGAAGGUAGGAAGACUUUGUCUUCCUUUGGCAGUGCUAGGAGAAAGUCGUUCAUUCACAGCCAUAUAAAGAACAAGAAGUCAAGUGAAACCACUCUAACUUCAUCAACUAAUUCUGAAACUAUAGAAUCUUCCUCGGCAGCUUCUGUGAAUAAGACAACUCGAAGUAACAGACCUAAACUUAUUAGGCAACCUGAUACUAUUAUACCACCUGAUGACUACGGAGAGUCUUAAAAUAGGAAUUCUUAGCGAAUGAAUGUCUUUUAUUUUAUUGCAUCAUACUUUCACUUUGUUAACACCGUACCUUAGACCAAAUGAACACUUGAAUCCAGCUGCCAAUAAAUGCAUUUCUAGUCAUCAAGAAAAUGUUUCAUAUUGUAUUGAAAAUAUGAAGUAGUAUUUAUCAAAGUUAACAUUUGUAAAACCUAACAAACGACUUCUUUUUCCAUACUUUAUGAGAAUAUUAAUCAUGGACAAUAGUAUAAAUUAUUGGUUUAUUGUUACCAAAAAAGGUUUAUAAUUUUUACAUGAAAAAUUUGGAAGUAUUUGUGAAUUUCUUUAUAUUUAGGAGCGCUUUAUAAAAUGUUCAAAGCAUUUAUAUAAUAUGGGAAACUUUAAUGAGAUUUUUUAUUGGUAAUUUGUAAUCAAAUGAGCUUUCUGAAACAAGCGAAACUAGGAAAUUUCCACUUAUUUUCACGUUUAAGUUAUAAAUCGGGAACGAAAUCUUCAGAAUAUCUUCAAAUAAUAAUAAUAAUACGAUAAAGCAGCACUUAUAUAAAUACUUUUUUCAUUUUCCAUUGGAAUAAUUUGAAAAACAACACAUUGUUUAAUGUCUUAAAUAUUUUUAGGCCAACAUUUCAAACCAAAUCUCGUUUAAAUAAAAGACGUGCGAUAUUUCAAUUUACAAAACUUCAUAAUUUUUUUCAAAGCUUAUUUUAUUAUGACUUAUGCGCAUUACACAUAUCAUUAAUAGAAAGGCAGUGAAGUGUUUCAUUGCGUAAAUCAAAACCUCUUGCUCUUUUUCAUGCUGCAAAAGCAUUUAUGUAGCUUGUUAAAAGGAAUUUCAUCCUUUUGAGAUUAGGAGCAUUAUAUAAACGCUAAUAAAGUAAUAUGGGUAAGUGAGUACGUUAUAUAUUCGUUUAAUAAACGCUUUUUAGCUCUAAUGAUACUAAACUAAACAGAAAUUUACAUUUUAGAGCCAUUUUGUCUUCUUCUGAGACUUUUAUAAAACUAAGCAAGAAUUGUCAAGCUUCUCUUUCAAGGCAUGGCUUCUCAAGCUGUUUCAAAACAUGGCCCGGUUCAAGUCUGAAAAUCAAUCUCCUUUGAUGGUAUAUUAAUUACGAUCCGUUAAAUUAUUCAAUAAAGUGAUUAAAAUUCAACGUUUCUGAAUCAAGACGUCAGUUACAAAUGGGCUUGAAGCAAGCAGCUAUAACCAGAGAUAUUGCUGGUUAUCAAGUACAUACUUAGUUAUAUCCAUGAACUUUCAUAAGUUUCACUGGAUAUAAUUUUUAAGAUACAUGUUCUCUGAUCCAAUUAUCUUCAUUAUUAUUUCUAGUUGAAAGUGGUUAAUUGGGUCCUAACGUUCAUUAUCGGUAGCUGCAUAAAUUGGCAACACUAUUCGAAAAACCAAUAAUUCAUUACAAUAGUUCUUUUUUAAAAUGUAUUAUGACAACAGAGUUUAAAAGAUUUCUUAUGGUUAUGGUGUAUCAAGAUGCUUGGUAUAUGUACCUUUAAUAACUGUUUUAUGUGGAAUAUUCAAAUUAACUGCUAACAGGCCUACUGUAAUAAUGACUUCUUAUUUAUUGGCUGCUCAAAGAGAAAAACUACAACUGAGAGUUCGUAUUAGAAAUAUUAAAAACGUGUUAUUUAUAUAUAUUUAAACCGUCUCAUGCAAUUUCACAUGCUUUAAAUUAUAUAUAGGGCACAAUAUAUAAAUCACAUCUAUAAAAAUAUGCUUAAUAUGAGUUAAAGUUCAAAACUAUAUUUCCUGAUCAGUGAAAUAUAUCUUUAACUUACAAAUAAUACGUAAAAAUGACUUGAAAAUUUUUAUUUAAAUCAUAAUCACUUGUAAUAAAUUGGUCAUUUGUAAAAUAAAUAAAUUUACGUCUAAUGUAAAAAUAUGAGAAAUAUUACUUUGCAGUCAUAAUAACAUCAUGCUUUGGUAUUAUAAUAAUAAUCAUAAAACGUUUUGUAUUAUAAUUACAGCAAUAACCUCAAACCUUCCAGAUUUUCUAUAAGAAGGUUUUAAUCAGAGGUGAAAUGAAAAAUUUUCGAAUACAUUUAAUAGCUAUAACAUAUCUACAGCAUCAAAAAUACUGUGGAAAAUGAUCUCACAAUUUAAAAAUGAUCUCAAAUGUUUCGUUUUCUUAAAAUCAGCAGCAACUAGUGAGAGAAGGACGUUUAAAUUAUUGGAAUUGUUCAGUUUGUAAGAUAUUUCUCCCACCUUCGUGGUGUAAUAGUCAGCACGCUCGGCGCGCAUUCGAGAGGUCCGGGGUUCGAAUUCCGGCGAUGGCAUUGUUCAUUUUUAAUGUCUCCUGCUACGAAAUAAUCUUAUGUCUCUACAAGUGCAAGCAAAUGGUAACAAAAUAGUUGAUACUUUGACAAACAUGAGAACUUUGCUUCCCGUUACGCUAAAACUGCACAUAAAAUUUUAACAUUAAGGGCAUAGUCGUAAAUAAGAAUAUUAUUAAAUUAUUACUUCAAUUAAGAAUUGAAAAGACGCUUAGCAUAAACUAAAUAUGUAACAUUAUAAAAUACCUUUUGGUAACAUGUUCAAAAUAGUAUUGUGAUCAAAACGGAUUUUCUUUGAGUUAACAUUCAGCCAAAGAGGAAAACUAAUAUGAAAGUAAAACCGAUUAAAUUAUUAGCGUUAUGCAUAUCUUUGACAUUAAAUAUUAUUUUAAGCUGACAGGGAUACACGUAGCUAGCUAUCAUAUGUCCUCGCAAAUUCCAAACUGAAAAAUAAUUUGACAUAAGGUUGAAAAAGGAAUUGCAUUUAAUCUCUGUUUCAUUAACAUUGACUUACGCAAAACAAGACAUUCUGGGGAAGAAAAUGCCAAGGCAAACUUAACAGAGUAUUCAUAUAAAAUGGUCGCUUUAGGUUAUAAAUUCUCAGGCGGUGUUUUAAACUUUUCUGUGAUCAAAAGCCUUUGCUCAGCUUCUAUUUAUUUUAACAACAGAGAUUAGAGACAUAAAGAGAAAUGCAAAACAUGCGCGAUGUCCGUAAUUAAGAUAUUCAAAAGGCAAUAAUAGUAAAGUAAUGGCAAUUUGUUUCAAGCUCACAAUUUCGUGCUGAGAAGGAAAAGAGGCUUUAAUUCCAGAUAAUGAUUGUUAUCAUCAAUCGCGUUAUCAUUUCAAUCUGGCUUAAUAUUAUAAAGGAAAAAUUAAUAGUUAAGAUUUUAAAUCAGAACAAAACAAAGGCAAGAAAAUUUUUAAUUCUAACCUUGUCUCACAGAUACUGAUCGCUUAAAAUAAGUUAUCUUUUCAACGUAACUUAAUCUAAUUUUAAGUAGCAGCUAUACAGGAAAAACAUACAGGAAAUUAAUAAGUAAGAUUUUACCGAUAAUCCAUAUCUUACGUUGAAUAAUAUUAAAGCUAUAAUAAAAGACUAAAUUUAUUAUGACUAUUUUUUUAACUUUCAAGUGAAACUGUAAUGUAAAAGUGUUUACAAUAAUGAUAGCUGUGAGUAACUAUACACAGAAGGUAGUACAAAUUUCGUAUACAGUGGAACCGCGAGAUACCAGUUUAAUUCGUUCCAGCAUUGAGCUCGUAUAACGAAUUUCUCGUAUCUAGAAAUAAACUUCCUUAUUGAAAAUAAUGGAAUCCAGUUAAUCCGUUCCGCACCCCCAAAUC